UUAAAAUGAGAGCCUGUGAAUCGAAGAGGAAGAGCGAGAAGACAAAAAGGAUCAGCACAGAAAUAGAAGAAAUGCUGAACAAAUGGAGAGAUGUAAGGCUCGUGCAUCUUCCCGAGAUGAUCCCCGUCUAUCCACUAAUGCUUUGAUUUACACAAUACGACAAGCGGGGACAGCGAAAGGACCCACGGCUGCAGCCGACUGUCAAGACUCUCUUCUCCCCUUGGCCGGAGGCAGCAGCAGCACCGUUAGCGUCAAGCCUCUGGGGACAAUGCGCCAAGGCAGGUGGAGAGACUGCAACACGGGAGCUUUGGCACAUGUUCUGCACAUACAGACACACUUGUGCAUGCAUGUGGUAAAUAGCUACAAGAGCCUGGAAGAUGACUAAAUAUCCCCGUCUUUCUGACUAACAGAGGAUCAUUUAUCAUACCUUGUAGAGGAAAAACAAUGAGGAACUGAGUUGUCUGGCCCAAGCCGUUAGCGGUUCAGUUAAGGGCACGUGACAAGAGGGCAAUCAGCAUGUGAGGAUUGGAAUUAAAUACAUGCUGCAAACAAUGGAUGCCAGAAGGAAAAGAGAGCUUCAACUAAAACGGGAAAUGACAAGGCAUGCAACGUCAGAGCGGACUCACACCUGACGGUGUUGUCAAACAACACCGUCUGUGAAUGUCAAGUGAUUUACAUGGAAACCAGAAAUCAUUAUUUCAGGGCCAAAUUCCUUAAACAAUUCACCACACACACAGUCCUCACUUCGACUCCAGAAAUCAAGGACCGAUCAGCUAACGAUUGACAUUACAUUACAAGCGUGACUGAAUUAGUCCUGCUGAAACCAUGCAGUGGAGACGACGCCACUGCUGUGCACAUACCGCUAAAUGUCUCCUCUCACUGCUGGGUCUCCUGGUCUUCCUGGGCCAACAGCUGUGGCUGCCUAAGCUCACAGGUGUGCCGUGGAGGAGAGGCCCUUCUGUGUUGUACGGAGGUAGUGAACUUCAUACCACCAAAACCAAAGGUAACCUGAGCGCACCACAUUCAGCUUGGAGGUUUGUCAUCGUUCCUCAGCAGAAUCUCAAGUCUGAUGCUAACAUCAGCUCUCCUGAGAAGGAGGGCGUCCCCGCUCCUCAAGAAAACCCAAGUUUUGAAAACACUGUGGCAGCCAACACUAGCCAAAGUGUAGAGGGAGAUCUUCGUGGCACUAUAACCCACGGGCCUUUCCCUUAUAUCAUCAAUGAGCCAGACAAAUGUGCAGGCAGCAGACCUGCACCAUUUCUGGUGUUGCUGAUAUCCACUGAGGCUCGGCAGGUGGAGGCAAGAAUCGCCAUACGGCAGACAUGGGGCAACGAGAGCGUGGCUCCUGCUCUAGGAUUCAUCCGGCUUUUUCUGCUGGGGAAAAAUGAGGGAGAGCUGGGACUUUUACAGCAAAGGAUGCUAGAAGCAGAAAGCCGGAGGUAUCACGAUAUCAUUCAGCAGGACUUUCUGGAUUCCUACAAAAACCUGACCAUAAAGACAUUGAUGGGAAUGAACUGGGUGGCCAUUCACUGCCCACAAGCCGGGUAUGUCAUGAAGACGGACAGCGACAUGUUCGUCAACACAGAGUACCUCGUUUACAAGCUGCUCAGGCCGGAACUGAAUCUCAAGAAGAACUACUUCACAGGCAAUAACAUGAGAGGCUUUGCACCCAACCGAAACAAAAACAGCAAGUGGUACAUGCCUCCUGAACUGUACCCAGGUGAAAAGUAUCCCACCUUCUGCUCUGGUACUGGUUAUGUCUUCUCUGGAGACCUGGCGAGGAAAAUCUAUCGUGUAUCACUAAGAAUCCACCAAUUGCAUCUGGAGGAUGUGUAUGUGGGAAUAUGCCUGGCUAAACUCCAGAUAGAGCCUACUCCUCCACCCAAUGAGUUCCUUUUCAACCAUUGGCGGGUGUCUUACUCCAGCUGCAAGUACAGCCAUCUGAUAACAUCACAUGGGUUUCAUCCAAAUGAACUACUUAAAUACUGGCAUCAUCUCCAGAGUAACAAACACAACGCCUGCAUAAACACAAUUAGAGCAGGCAAGACACACGUAAACAGAAUGAACAGAGAGAGACCAGCUCAAUAACUUGUUAUCAAUAAACUCUCCUUGUUGUUACACACAAAUAAUGAUUUAUAUCUCAGAUUAUUCUGUUCUUAACUUGACACCAUGGGAAUAAUCCAUACGUUAUUCAUUUGGGGAUACAUUACAUUGAAGACUCUAAAUUGCCGGUAGGUGUGGAUGUGAGUGUGAAUGGUUGUUUGUCUCUAUAUGUCAGCCCUGCGAUAGGCUGGCGACCUGUCCAGGGUGAACCCCGCCUUCACCCAUUGACAGCUGAGAUCGGCUCCAGCACCCCUGCGACCCUUAACUGGAUAAGCAGGUUACGGAAAAUGGAUGGAUGGAUGGAUACAUUACAACUUCUGAAUAUAUGUUGUGUAAAAACUGAUGGAAGUGCUUUACGAUUAUUGUCAAAUAUUUUGUACAGAACAGAUGACAAAUGUUUUUAUACCUCGGAGUUAAAUCACUGGAGAGUUUGUGUACACCAUAAUAUUUUACAAUAGAAUAAGAUGUGUUUCACUGUGGGGCAAAGGGUUCUUUUUUGUAAUAAUGUAAGAUUUGCUGUAUGUGUUUUAUAUAUGCUGCCUUACAGAUACAGUCUACUCUAAAACUAGAGUCGACAGGUUACAGUGCCAAUAAAUGUUUCCACGUGUAGUCAAUGAAGUUAUUUCAAAAGGACAUGGAAACAGGAACUCUGUUACUAGAUAUUAAGAUUGUUGACAACAAAUGUGGGACCAGACACUUUUUUUUUUUAGUACAAAAUAUAUUUCUGGAAAUUGCAUUUUAAAAAGUACAUUUGAGGACUUAAUUUAGCACAAAAGUUCCCUUU